UCCACAAUGAAGCACACAUAUGCACAGCAGGGGCAAGCCUCCCUCUUUCUAGAAGUCUGCUCCCUAAAUGAGGAGCCGCGUCUUCCUCUGCACACCUCCAUCGUCCUCUUUCUCUUGUCCUACUCUGAGUGCAAGUCUUUCAAAGUGUAUCUGGUCUUCACCAAACCUGCCAGCUCUCAGUCACUUAAGAGUCAGCUACCAGAGUCUUUGGAUGUGUGUGACGUUCAGCUGGAAGAUCUGCCCCAGUUGGUGAGGGGCUGUCGUCUCCCUGCAGUUUUGGAUGAGACUGGGAUGCUCUGCAGGGCAGGGCUGGCUGUAGUCCUGAGGCACAUUAUUAACAGGACCACUGAGGCUGACCCUUCCAGAAAUGAUGUACUGGCACUGCUGGGCUUCAAGAAGACAUGUCUGAAGGCCUGUGCUGAGGUGAGCAAGUGGACCAGACUGUGUGAAAUUGGUGUCCCCUCUGCUGUUGAAAAACACCUCCAAAAUCCCACAAAUCAAUAUCAGCAGCUGCCUCUCUCCAUCCUCACCUUAGAGCAAAGGCUAGCAGAGCCUGUCAAAGUCCACAAUGAUGACAAAAUACGGAGACAGAAACUUCAACAGCAGAGACAGAAGGAAAAGAACCAGUCCCCUGAAGGUCAAGGGAACGCAGACUCUGACACCCAGGCCGAGCAAUCACCUCAGGUCUGUGAUGGACUCGAGCUCAGGGCGGCUCUGGCCAAGCUGUCUGUGGAUUCAGUUCCAACUUCGACCACCAGAGAGAACUCUGACAUCAGAAAAGUGAAAACCACAGAUCUGCCUCUGCUGGAGCAUGUGUUUGCUGAAGGGCUGUACUUCACAUUGACUGAUGUGGUCUUGCUGCCGUGCAUCUAUCAGUACCUGUGUUCCCUCCAAGCCCACGCUGCGAGCACUCUACACAAACUGCCCCACCUGCUGCGUUGGUACAGCCGUGUUCAGGAGGUGCCUGGGGUCCUUCGGGCAGCCAAAGCCUGCGGGAUGACUCUUUGCAUCCCUGAAGCUCCACCGUCCAACCUCCAAGGGCAGUCAGCAGAGGACCAAACAACUAUCCAACUGGAGCAGGAACAACAGGAGAUGGCCACACAGCUGCCCUUUGUUGGUGGCCCCAGGCCUACAAUGACUAAACUUAAAGAAAAUGGCAUUGAAGCAGUCUUCGCUCCUCAUCCUUGCCCUGACUGGACUCUCCCAUGGGACAACUUACCAGAAGCUAUCAACCCCACAGAAGGGAAAAUGUCAAAUAUCCGUGCAGUCAGGAAGAGGCAACAGCUGAAUAACUUGGUUGCCAUGGUUACAGAGCUAGCCAGGCCAGGAUACACCGUUGUGGAUUUCUGCAGUGGAACCGGCCACGUAGGGAUCGUUCUGGCUCACACUCUUCCAGAUUGUCAGGUUAUUCUCAUAGAAAACAAAGAAGAGUCUUUGGUCAGAGCCCAGAGUCGCGGUGCCGAGCUUGGUCUGAAAAACAUUGGCUUCAUUCAGGCCAAUUUGGACUAUUUCACUGGACCGUUUCACAUUGGGGUUGCCCUCCAUGCAUGUGGCGUUGCAACAGACAUGGUGAUGGAGCAUUGCAUCCAGGCAGGAGCCGCCUUUGUCAUCAGCCCUUGUUGCUAUGGCUUUGUGCCUAACGCAAUCAAGUUCUCCUUCCCUAGGAGCAAAACGUUCCAAGAGACCCUGACUUAUAAGGAACACAUGAUCCUGUGCCGCUUUGCAGACCAAACUGCAGUCCAGCUUCCUCCUGAGAGGCGACUCAUAGGUAAGCAUUGUAUGGGCCUGGUAGACUUGGACCGCUCGUGGGCAGCUGAGACACAUGGGUACUCAGUGCGGGUGAUGACCAUGGAGCCUGAGAGUUGCUCACCAAAGAACAACAUGCUGGUGGGAAGGCCGCUGCAGAGGAGUGGACUGGAAGAUGGUGCUAGCCAAGUGGAAGCACCGGUGUGUAAUUAGGACCGCAAGCACCGGUGUACAGCACAGCAUCUUCAGUGUGGUCAGAGUUUGAGAAAGUACCCAGCCUCUGUGUGUUUUUUAUCCACCUGCAACAUUUUCUUUUUAUGAAUUUUUUUACAAGCCUUUUUUUUAAGGAAUGGCUCAAGAAAAUAAAAGAUGUUUGCUUCU